GUCAUCUUUGAAGAGAGAGAGGGAAAAAAAAAAAAAAAAAAAAAAAAAAGAAAGGGAAGAAAGGCUAUAUGAGAAACAAACCAGCAUGGCGCCAGACCACUACUCACUCCAGGAUAUCCUUGCGAUGGCCAUGGUCCAUCCGUUCUACUCUGCUGCAGAAUAUCCCCCGACGCCAGAAUCUGCCUCUAAGAUCCUAGCAGCCGCCCGGCUCAAUAAACAAAGUGUCCUCGACCUCAAGCGUUUUCCUCUUACGCGGAAAGAGUCGCUGUACCGCACAAUCCAGAGACUAUCUGCGGAUCCUGACCCUCGAAAUGGAUACCGCCAGCAAGCAUAUAUCAGCGUUACCGGCGGAGGGUCAGGCGGCGUGCCCAUGGUCUUUGUCACGGACUCUGUUGAGAAUAGACGGCAGCGGGACGUGACAGGCGCACUGGUCAAACAUUGUCGUCUGAUCGAGCCGGGCGAUUGGAUGCUCACGAUGCACAUUGCAGGGCAUUUUUACCGGGCUCUUGAUUUGAUGACGGAGAUAGCUGAACAGGCCGGCGCAGGCGUCUUCUGUGCCGGAAUCUACAUGCCCUAUGCUGAUGUUGUCAAAGCGCUCAUACAGUAUCGAAUCAAUGUCGUGGCUGCAGAUGGCAGCCAGAUCGUCCAGCUCGCAGCUUACAUAUCUUCGCUUCCUCCCGAGGAACGAGAGGGCAUCAAUGUUAACAAGGUAUUAUACACGUCUGAACCCUUGGUUCGCACACAGAGGGCUUUCAUCAGGUCUGUCAUGGGGCCAGUUACCAUCUGCUCCAUUCUCGGCAGCUCGGAGGCCGGGACGUGGGCCGUGGCGAAUUUAGACUUGACCGGUGACACAGACGACGACUGCACGGAAUUUAUCUUCGACACUCGAUCAAUGGUGAUCGAAAUCCUUCCACUCUCCGUAGAAGACCCCGACCAAAGCGAAAGCACUGCCAGCCUGGCUGAACUCCCCGAAGGUGAAGCAGGAAUUGUCGUCCAGACUUCGCUGCAACGAUUACGGAAUCCACUGGUGAGAUACGUGUCCGGCGACGUGGGAUCCCUCCAUCCGUUGCCAGCGAGCGCCCUGGCUAAAAUCCCGCCCGCCGAAGCUCAGCAUAUGAAGCUCCUGCGAUUGUACGGACGUGAUCGUCGCUUCAGCUUCAAGUGGUCCGGCGCAUACUUUGCCUUUGAUCAGGUGGAGGCGCUGAUGCGCACCGAGAAUUACGGCAUCCUGCAGUGGCAGAUCGCCCUCAGCUACACGGAUGGCACUCCGGAGACCGCCCUAGAGAUACGUAUCUUCCGUCCGGACGCGGACAAUCCCAAACUCGUAUCUACCAAGGAGCUGGUCGCGAUACUUGAGAAAUUUUUCGGGCUGCUUCCCAUUAACGAGAUGCUUUUCCGUGUGACUUUCGUUCAGAGCACCGAAGAGCUUGAGCGGAGCAAGACCGGAAACAAGGUGAUCAAGUUUGUGGACCGUACAAUGAAGGAAUAA